UGUUGUAAUUCUCUCUCUUGACACAUGUGGACACAGAUGUAUUUUUAUAAGAACACACUUUUUUUCAGAGGCAUUGAUGGAAGAACAGCGGGACCUGAACAGCAGCGAUGGGGAACGCGUUUCCCCGUCGCUGGCCGUCCUGCCUCUGCAGGCCGGUCCACUGACCAACACAACCACAAACUUCUUCAUUGACAACAUUUUACGGCCGGAUUUCGGAUGCAAGAAGGAAUUCGGUCUGAGUCCGAGAGAGAAGGCUCAAAGCUCAGGUCUGGAGCGGGUCCAGCCGGUUCUUGGUGGACCGUUUUCCAGAACACCGUGCCUGGACUGCAGCUGCAGCAGCAGCAGCAGCAGCAGCUGCAGCAGCUGCGGCAGCGACAGCACUUCAUCCUCCACCGUGUCUGCGGUCAGCAGCGACAGAGGGACCGGCACCGCGGGCUCUGACGGGAACAGCGGAGGGUUCAAAUAUGAGGAGAAGGACGGGGAACAUUCUGUCUCCGGGACCGGGACUCGGACCGGGACCCGGACCCCCACACCGGAGGGCCAGGCCCUGCUUUGGCCCGCUUGGGUCUACUGUACCCGGUACUCUGACAGGCCUUCUUCUGGCCCCAGGACGCGGAAAUCGAAAAAAUGUAAAAGCUGCAAAGAAGACAAGCGGCCGCGCACGGCCUUCACUGCGCAGCAGCUCCAGAGGCUGAAGGCCGAGUUCCAGCUCAACCGCUACAUCACGGAGCAGCGGCGGCAGGCUUUGGCCCGGGAACUGGACCUCAACGAGGCUCAGAUCAAAAUCUGGUUCCAGAACAAAAGGGCCAAGAUAAAGAAGGCCAGCGGCUUGAAGAACGGCCUGGCGCUGCAGCUGAUGGCGCAGGGACUCUACAACCAUUCAACCACAACCAUCCCGCAGGACAAAGAGGACAGCGACUGA